AUGUCUGGUGUUCCAUAUAUACACACUCUAACAAGACCAAGGAAUAAAAAGAAUGACUACACACAUCCCUUAAGCACCAGUACUGGUAGCAGUCAGGUGUCAGAUAAAUGGGCAAGUAUUCCCCUUCUCUUUUUGAUUCUAGAUAAGUUGUGGGAACCCUGUGACCAUAUUCGGGUUGCUGGCGUUUGCAAGCAAUGGCGUGUUGCUGCAAAAGAAUACAAUCGCAUAACGCAACAUUGGCGUGAGCUUCCUCUUCCCAUGUUUCUGAUUUCAACAGCAUCCAAAGGAGAGCUAGAACUGUACAGCUUUCCCGGAGGAAAAACCUCCGACAUUGAGUUAUCAGUGCCUUGUAAUACGAUUAGUAUGUGCCAUGGCCAUGGCUGGUUAGCCACAAUGGAUGUAUUAUCAGUGCCUAAAUUGAAAUUUCGUUGGCACAAACAAGAACCAUGGACUAUAACUCUGGUGAACCCUUUCAGAAAAGCAGCGGUGCCCAUUCGUCUCCCUCACUUGAGUUUCAGUUACCUCCAUAUGUAUCAUCACCUGGGUUAUUUUAAUUUGAAUGUCCUCCGAAAGUACUCCACCAAGGUCUUAUUCCCGAAGGUUAUCUUAUCUGAGGAUCCCACACUGAAUCCAGACAGUUAUAUGGUUGCAGUCCUUUACAAACAUAAACCUGAGUUGGCUUUCACUAAAGGAGGAAGAAAACAUUGGAUUUACAGCGGGAAAAUUACACGGGACUUGCUUAGGGAUGUUAUAUUUCAUAAAAAUCAAGUCUUUGCAGUUGCAGGGUGGGGAAACAUUUUUUCCAUUGAUAUCAGUAGGAAGCGAAUAAAAGCAAAGAUUCUUACCCCGCAAGAACGUCCAUUUGCAAGUUCCGCUUAUAAAGCUUAUCUGGUGGAAUCAACUAAGGGAGACUUGUUGCAUGUUCGAAGAUUGCAUAAAGAUAGAUAUUGUGCCGGUGAAGAGAGAUUCAUGGUUUACAAAUUGGUGUUCAAUGGGAGGGAUGGAUCUGUGCAGCAUGUUAAAUUGAGAAGUCUUGGAGAUGAGGUUAUGUUCCUGAGUAACCAUUGUGGUAUAUCAGUUUUGGCUUCAAACUUUCCUCGGUGCCAACCCAAUUCCAUAUAUUAUACAGAUUAUUAUGCACCGACUAAAAUAGGCCAUUUCAAUUUAGAGGAUGAAACCAUUACACAAUAUGAUUACUCUUUGUUCAUGCCAAAUGCGAUUUGGAUUGCGCACCUGUUUACUGGGCUCUGCUAG